CAGUUUAUAGUCCAAUACAUUGCUAUUAUUAUAGAGCAGUGUAUGAAGUUUGUAAGGAAAAAUGUUGCUUUUUUUGGACCAUAUGAGCGGGAUUUCACCGCAGACCUGGCAACCCAGCGUGCGGGUGUAAACAGGAAGUGCUGAUGUGUAAAUGAGGUGAAUGUGUGCAGAGAGUGAUCAUGGGAAAGAGCUGUAAGGUGGUGGUGUGUGGCCAGGCGUCUGUGGGAAAGACGGCGAUCCUUGAACAGUUACUGUAUGGAAAUCAUGUUGCUGGUUCUGAGCCCAUGGAGACGCUGGAGGACAUCUAUAUCGGCUCGGUGGAGACGGACCGAGGCACACGGGAGCAGGUGCGUUUCUACGACACACGGGGUUUGCGUGACGGCACGGAGUUCCCGCGCCAUUACUUUGGCUUCGCUGACGGCUUCGUGCUCGUCUACAGCAUCGACAGCAAAGAGUCCUUCAAGCGCAUGGAGGCUCUGAAGAAAGAGAUCGACCGCUGCCGGGACAAGAAAGAGGUGACGAUUGUGGUUUUGGGGAAUAAGCUGGACGUGGCUGAGCAGAGGAGAGUGGACAGUGAGACGGCUCAGCAGUGGGCUCGUCAGGAGAAAGUCAGGCUCUGGGAGGUUUCAGUGACCGACAGACGCUCUCUCAUCGAGCCCUUCGUCCACCUGGCCAGUAAGAUGACCCAGCCACAGAGCAAGUCCACCUUCCCUCUGAGCCGCAACAAGAACAAGAGCAGCGGCUCUCAGGACAGCUAGACAGGGAGGAAAGGAAGGAAAAAGUGGAGAGAGGGAAGAGAAACACUGGACAGGAGCAUGAAGAACUGAUUUUGUCUGAACUGACGAUUUCAUGAACACUACGUUUCUCAUGAAUGAAUGAAUGUUCGCUUGAUAAAUAAUUGUUUAUUUUAUGCAUAUUGUUGUGGUUUUCUGUAGAAUUAGUGAAGGAUUAGCAUUUAUCAUGCUAUAUAAAAGACCUACAUUUGAAUCAAAUCAGAGAUGCUUGUUUGUGUAAAUGAAAUUUUAUUUUACUGACUGAUAAAUCAUGCUACUGCUCACUUUGAGGUUUCUGCUUGCCUGUUCCUGACAUUCCGUUAUCUUAAAAAAUACUGUAUAUAUUUCCUGUGCUUAUACAUGGUAUUAUAUGCUUUGUGAAGGCAUGUAAUUAUUUUUCUACAAUGCUAUUGCAUUUUCCAGGCUCAUCUAAAUGCUGUUACCUUAAAAAAAUAGUUCAACCAGAGAGAUAUCUCUCUCAGUGCUGUAUUUGUAUGUGUGUGUGUGUGUGUGUGUGUGUGUGUGUGUGUGUGUGUGUGACAUACUUUGGCUAACAAAUUAAAACUUUGCAGUGCUGUAGCCCUUCAGGAUGUACGCUGUCCAUCUGUAGAGUGUCAUUUCCUGUUCAAAGUCAACUUCAGAGAAUGAAACACAAUUUCAGUAACUCUGUUUGCAAAUUAGAGAUGAGUGAUAUGGCAAUAAAUAUUAUAUCAUGAUA